CUCGCCCAUUGCUGUCGUCAUCAGGGUCCUAGAGCCGACCUGACAUCACAUCCAGUACAGAACGAGUCUCGCAGUAAAAGCUGUCAUCUUCGGGGACACCGUCUGCCGACUGUUUAUGAACCGAUUCUGAAAUAAAAAUGGCUUCUCCUCUGCCUGGCACCCCACCUCCUGCAGAGCAGUUUACCCCCCCUGAGAUGGAUGAUGAAAGUAAACAAGAAGAAGAGGUGGUGAGAGACCAGCCUGUCAAAAAACGCGGCAGGGGCAGACCUCCAAAAGCCAAACCCAACUUCAGAUGCUCCACAUGCACGGAGACGUUUAAAAGCAUGUCGGCUCUUCAGAGCCACAAGCUGGCAGCACAUGCAAAGCAGCAGCAUGCAUGUUCCGAGUGCACUAAAACCUUUUCUAGCAAAGCUCAGCUGUCCAAACAUGAACGCACCCACUCAUUCCAGCGCCCCUUUCAGUGUCCAGACUGUCACAAGGCUUACAAGACGUCCACAGAGCUACGCAACCACAGCCGCUCCCACACUGGAGAAAAACCUUUUGUGUGCACAGAGUGUGGUAAAGCCUUCAUGCAGGCCAUAUGCUUGAGGAUCCACACGACGCAGCACAGUGGAGAGCGUCCUUACUCGUGCUGCCAGUGCUCCAAGAGCUACCCCACUCUGUCCAAGCUGAAGGUUCACGAGCGCUCCCACACUGGAGAGAAGCCAUAUUUCUGCGCUGAAUGUGGCAAGAGCUUCGCUGAUCCCUCGGUGUUCAGGAAACACAAAAGGAACCAUCAGGGUCACCGGCCGUACGCCUGCGAGGAGUGCGGGAAAACGUACACGGAGCUGAAGGACCUGAAAAACCACGAGCGCUCCCACACCGGGGAAAAGCCGUUCCUCUGCUCGGACUGCGGCAAAGCCUUCUCCCGUUCCUCUUCCCUGGCGUGCCAUCAGCGCAUUCACUCCCAGAACAAACCCUAUCAGUGUGAGCAGUGUGGGAAAGGCUUCACCCAGCUGUCCUCGUACCAGUCUCAUCUCCGCACUCAUUCCGGUGAGAAGCCCUUCCUCUGCCCCCAGUGUGGCAAAAUGUUCUCCGACCCCUCCAGCUUCCGACGGCACCAGCGCGCCCACAUGGGGUUCAAACCGUAUCCCUGCGACAAAUGUUCCAAGCGCUUCCGGCAGCCGGCUGACCUCGCUGUUCAUGAACGUGUUCACUCUGGAGAGCGGCCAUAUAAAUGUCAGAGCUGCGACAAGGCCUUUGUGGCCUCCUGGGAUCUGCGUCGCCACAUGCUUGUCCACACAGGUCUCAGGCCCUUCUCGUGCACAGAGUGCGACAAGUCAUUCACUGAGCGCUCCAGCCUCAACAAGCACCGGCGUGUGCACUCUGGAGAAAGGCCCUUCAAAUGUGAGGAGUGCCUGAAGUCAUUUGUGGUGUCGUCGAGUCUGCGGAAACACGAGAGGACUCAUCUAGCCGAACAAUCUGAGCAGCAGCAGGAGGCUGAUUCAGCCAGCACCUCCACCUCUGGCUUCACUCCCCACACAACUCUCCCUCAGUUCUCCUGUACUCACUGUGACGCCACCUUUGCUUCUUGGGAUGAAGUUCAGGCCCACGAGAAUCUUCACUCCUCUGACCUAACCUCCAUUCACGUUUGUGGAACCUGCAGCAUAGAGUUUGGACAGCUGGAGGACCUGGAGGAGCACGAGAAGCAGCAUCUGAAGCCGAGGCCGCAUGUCUGCGACAGCUGCGGCAAGGCUUUCCUCAACAAAUCCGGGCUGCGGAAACACCAGAAGAUCCACUCCGCCAGCAAACCCCACAGCUGCCCCCAGUGCGGCAAAGCCUUCCUGUUCGCCGCCUACCUUCGCAAGCACUUACGGACUCACACAGACACUGCGGCGCCUGCAGCCCCUUCAGCCACAGCAUCAAAUGUUGACGACCUAAAAAUUAUGCACACCGACCCGCUUCCCUCACCCACCAAUGAGGUGUCUGCCUCAGCUGUUGAACCCAGCUCCAUUUCUCUGACCGUACCUGUAACUUCUUUUCACAAUCUCUCAGAAUAUUUGGUCAAAGAUGGACUUUAAUUUAGUAAAAAAUAAAACUUGCACUUCAGAGGAUCUAGAUUGUAUAUAAAGAAAAUGAUAAUUAAAACAGAUUCUCGGUGGAACGUAUAAAGGUUUAUAUGUCUGGACAGGAUUUCUGACAAAUAUCAUGUGAUAAAUGUGUUUUAUAGUAAUCUCCAUUCUAAUAUAAUAUCCUAAAUGUUAUUUUCUCAUUAUUGUGUUGCAAACAGUCCUUAAACUUCACGCCUGAAGCUCUUCAAUGAACCAACACAUUGUUUCUACUUAUAUCACCAUCUUUUAAACGUACUUUGUUAAAUACAUUUUAACUGUUUUAAUGUUUAAUAAUUUGUACCAUGAUUAUAAGUAGUUUUAGUGGAAAAAAUGUUCACCGUGGAGCUGUUUUAUAUCAAUAAAAUAUAAAAAUAUUUUUUCCUCAGAACAAA